AGAGUAACAUGAGCUGUGCUUGACCUGAGUACCAACAACCUUCUACCUAUAAAUACCCACCCAUUGUAAGUUCGUAACAUACCAUAAGCAACAGCAGCCAUGGCUAUACAGAAAUCUCUCCCACUUGCUUUUCUACUCAUUUUGCUAGCCUUUCUUUUGUCGCAUGCAACAUCAUUUGCAACAGCAGCACCAACUCCUGCACUCUCGGAAGCAGAGGCUCUCAUGAAAUGGAAAGCCAGUCUCUCUCCAGCACAAGCUCUCCAUUCAUGGUCGCUUCCUGCUACUAAUGCUACCACCAACUCAAUAUCUCCAUGCAAAUGGUUUGGGAUCUCAUGCAACGACCCUGGAAACAUAACAGCGAUAAGCUUAUCGAGUGUGGGCUUGCAAGGUAAGCUUGAUAACUUGAACUUCCCGUCAUUUCCAAACCUCCUCCGUCUCAAUCUCAGUGGCAACAACCUCACUGGAACCAUCCCAGACCAUAUUGGCACUCUUUCCAGACUCAUCUCCCUUCAGUUCCAGAACAAUCGACUCACUGGGAAAAUUCCAUCUCAAAUUGGACUGCUUAAACAUCUCCAGAUCCUACGCCUGUGGGGAAAUAAAAUCAGCGGUUCAAUGCCUCUUCAAAUAGGGAAUCUGCAUAAUCUGACUCAGUUAAAUUUACACUCAAACCACCUCAAUGGGCUAAUCCCUCCAACUAUAGGUAACUUGACAAAGCUGAAAAUCCUCUACCUCUUUAAUAACCAAGUUUCUGGUUCAAUUCCACCAGAAAUAGGGAAUCUGGUUAAUCUCAUGGAGCUUAGCAUGUCUUUUAACCUUCUGACAGGUUCUAUCCCUUCCACUUUAGGGAAAUUGACAAAGCUCACAAUUUUGUAUUUACACACAAACCAGAUUUCAAGCACAAUUCCUGCAGAGUUAGGGAAUCUCAAGAACUUGGUUGACCUACAAUUGAACCGAAACAAUCUGACUGGUUCGAUCCCUCCAUCUUUAGGUAACUUGAAAAAGCUGAAAAUCCUCUACCUCUAUGACAACCAAGUUUCUGGUUCAAUUCCACCAGAAAUAGGGAAUCUGGUUAAUCUUAAUGAGCUUGACAUGUCCAGUAACCUUCUAACAGGUUCUAUCCCUUCCACUUUAGGAAACUUGGCAAAACUGACACUCCUCCAGCUCUUUGACAAUCAAAUUUCUGGUUCUAUUCCUCCACAAGCAGGGAAUCUGGUUAAUCUCAAAAAGCUUGAUUUGUCCAUUAACCUUCUAACAGCUUCUAUCCCUACCACUUUAGGAAAUCUGACAAAGCUUUCCAUCUUGUACCUGGACCAAAAUCGAAUCUCUGGCUCCAUUCCUUCACAAAUUGGGAAUCUACAAGAUCUGGUUCAGUUGACGUUGUUCCAAAACAAUAUUACUGGUCCCAUCCCUCCCUCUUUAGGUAAUUCGAGGAACCUUACAAUUUUGUAUCUCUAUGACAACCAAGUUUCUGGUUCAAUUCCCCCAGAAAUAGGGAAUCUUGUUAAUCUCAAUGAGCUUGACAUGUCCAGUAACCUUCUAACAGGUUCUAUCCCUUCCACUUUAGGCAACUUGUCAAAACUGACACUCCUCCAGCUCUUUGACAAUCAAAUUUCUGGUUCUAUUCCUCCACAGGUAGGGAAUCUGGUUAAUCUCAAAAAUCUUGACUUGUCCAUUAACCUUCUAACAGGUUCUAUCCCUAUCACUUUAGGAAAUCUGAUCAAGCUUUCCAUCUUGCACCUGGACCAAAAUCGAAUCUCUGGCUUCAUUCCUUCGGAAAUCGGGAAUCUUCAAGAUCUUCUUGAGUUGACGUUGUUCCUAAACAAUCUGACUGGUCCUAUCCCUCUUGCUUUGGGUAAUUUGUCCAUGCUCACAAUUUUGUAUUUAUCCAGAAAUCAGAUUUCAGGCACUAUUCCUGCAGAAUUAGGGAAUCUCAAGAAUUUGGUUGAGCUGACGUUGUACCAAAACAAUCUGGUUGGUCCGAUCCCCCCCGCUUUAGGUCAUUUGAGCAACCUUGCAUUUUUGUCUCUCCACACCAACCAAGUUUCUGGUUCAAUUCCACCAGAAAUAGGGAAUCUUGUUAAUCUAAAGGAUCUUGAGAUGUCCAGUAACCUUCUAACAGGUUCUCUCCCUUCCACUUUAGGAAACUUGACCAAGCUUACUUCCUUGGCCCUUGUUCACUGUCAAUUAUCUGGGUCCUUGCCUCAAGAAAUGACAAACAUGACAAAUCUUUCUAAACUCUACUUGGAUGGCAACAACCUCGCUGGCUAUUUACCUCAGUUAUGUCAUGAUGGAUCUCUUCAAGUCUUCACUGCAUUUGACAACCAUUUCACUGGGGAGAUCCCGAGAAGCUUCAGAAACUGCACUAGCUUAACAAGAGUGCAACUCAACAGAAACCGACUUGCUGCAAAUGUAUCGGAAGCCUUUGGUGUAUACCCGCAUCUCACGUUCAUGGAUGUCAGUGACAACAUGUUGUUUGGUGAACUCUCACCGAACUGGGGGGAAUGCAGAAACUUGACAAUGCUGCGACUCUCCGGGAACAGGAUCACCGGUAGAAUUCCUCCCGAGAUUGGGCAGCUGCUGCAGCUAAGAGUGCUUGGUCUUUCUUCGAACCAACUCACAGGCGAGAUUCCAAAGGAAUUUGAGGCACUGACUUCUUUGUUCAACUUGACUUUAAAUGAUAACAGGCUUUCUGGUCACGUACCCCAAGAGAUUGGAAAACUAUCCAAUUUGGAGGUUCUUGACUUGUCAAUGAAUGACCUAAGUGGUCCAAUACCACCUCAAUUAGGAGAUUGCUCCAAACUCCAGUAUUUGAAAUCGAGCGAAAAUUAUUUGAAUGGAAGCAUUCCUUUUCAGAUCAGUAACCUCGUGUACCUACAGGGCUUACUAGAUCUAAGUCAUAACUCCCUCAAUGGAGAGAUACCACCACAACUCGCAAAAUUGGUUCGUCUGGAAAAGUUAAACCUCUCCCACAACUUGCUGUCAGGCACCAUUCCUCCUCCUUUUGAAGGGAUGUUCAGCUUGCAAUCCAUUGAUUUUUCAUAUAAUGCUUUGGAAGGUCCUCUUCCCAACAGCAAAAGCUUUCAAAAGGCUCCUGCGGAGGCAUUUAUAAAUAAUAGAGGCUUGUGUGGUGAAGUGCAAGGUUUGCGACCUUGCAAUGCCUCUUCAAUAAGUCAUGGAAAUGCAAAGAAAGACCAUAGAGUUGUGAUCCUCAUUAUUCUUCCGCUCUCGGUGGCCUUGUUUCUUUUAUUUGCAAUCAUUGGCAUUUCUUCCAUUUAUUAUCAAAGAAGAAAUAUAGAGAAAGGAGUUCUUGAGAGCAGUAGUGGAAAUCCAUUUUCAAUAUGGAAUUAUGAUGGAAUUGUUGUGUUCAAAGAUAUCUUGGAGGCAACAGAGGGUUUUGAUGAUAAAUAUUACAUCGGAACUGGAGGGUAUGGGAAAGUUUACAAAGCAAAUCUACCAACGGGCCAGGUAGUAGCUGUGAAGAAACUUCACCCACUCGAAAGUGGGGUUCAAUCCAAUCAAAGAAGUUUUAAAAAUGAGAUACGAGCAUUAACUGAAAUCCGUCAUCACAACAUUGUGAAGCUUCAUGGCUUUUGUUCCCAUGCUCAAUGCUCGUUUCUAGUCUAUGAGUACAUGGAAAGGGGAAGCUUGGCAAGCAUCCUACGCAAUGACGAAGGAGCUGCACAGUUGGACUGGACUCUAAGAGUGAAGGUUAUUAAAGGUGUGGCCCAUGCUUUAUCUUAUAUGCACCAUGAUUGCAUACCGCCGAUUGUCCAUCGAGACCUAACAUGCAACAACGUUCUAUUGAAUUCAAAACUUGAGGCUAGUGUCUCUGAUUAUGGCACUGCCCGAUUGCUGAUACCUGAUUCGUCCAAUUGGACUACACUCGCAGGCACUUAUGGAUACAUUGCUCCAGAGCUUGCAUAUACAAUGAAGGUUACUGAAAAAUGCGACGUAUAUAGCUUUGGUGUUGUGGCACUUGAAGUGAUGAUGGGAAGGCAUCCUGGGGAGCUCAUCUCCUCUUUGUCAUCACCAAAUAGAGAUGAUAAACUACUAAAGGAUAUGUUGGACCAACGUCUCUCCAAUCCGAUGGCGGACAUUGCACAAGAAGUCAUAUUUGCGGUGUCCAUAGCACUUGCAUGUAUUCGGUCAGAUCCGGACUCUCGGCCAACCAUGCACCAUGUGGCUCAAGAGCUAUCUGUUGGUGGGCCUUCUUUCUCUCAAGAGCCAUUUGAUGCACUUACAUUUCAUCAACUGAUUGAUCUCAGGGUAUAAUUGGGUGUAUGAAAAUCAUUGAGCUUGUGGUAUUAUUGUAUAUGUCUAUUGUAUGAAAAUAAUAAAGCACACGUCUUUUUUUUAUUAUGAUAUGUACACAAUUCAGUGUGUGGAAUCAAUGUUUAUCUAGAAUGUAGAUUUCUUGGAUCCGUGAUAAAAAUCCAAAUGUAAAAAUAAAUGUAGGUUCAAAGAAUAAAGAUAUUUCUUGCA